GCCAUCUACCGAGUAACAGCGCGUCCCCGCAUCUUGACGGCGCUAAUUUGGAUAGUUUGUCAAUCAGGAAUUCCUCCGGGAGCAACUCUGAAACAUUUUUAAACGUGUGAUCGGCCGAGAGUCAGGCAUUUUGGUUAACAAUGGACACCACCUCGGCUAAACGGCUUCCGUGACUUGUUGGAGGAGUAGUAGCGGGUUCCGGUGGAGAUAUUUUGUGCUGUCAGGAAGUUUGACGUUUUCGGCUGAAGAACGUUUCUUUGGUUUGUUUUGGUUGUGUAAAAGCGGCGGUUUAGCUAACUCUUCCUCCAUAAACCCCGGGAAAUUCGUACUAUCCCACCACCUGAUUUAACUACGACUUGUUAAACAUUCUUACUUUUAAAGUUAGUGAAGUUUUUUUUUUUGUGAUUAAAGCCACUUUGGAUUCGCUAACAUACAGUUAGGUCGCGUUACAGAGUAACGGUUGUUCUUUCUUUUAUUGUCCCUAAGUAAUUACUAUAUGACGUUGCUUGAUGAAUUUAGUUCAUUUGUGCAUUUUCCAUAGGCCCCGAAAAGACUGCAGCCAGUAAUAUACUGAACAAAAAAUAAGGAAAAUCUAAGGCAGGCAAUUUUAAUCACGGAAACUGUCCGGGUUUUCCCUUUGGAUAGCUCUCAAAUGGAUUUAAUGAAUGCUACACAGCAACUGCUACAUAUGGUCUGCUAGUUUUUGUUAUAAAAAAAAAAAGCCUGAAAAAUUAGGAGUUAAAGUGACUCUUUCGAUCAUGUUUUGGAAAUUUAAGUUUUCCAAAGAUCCGAGGCUGCAGCGGCCUCAGCCGCAGCACUUAGAUGUAGGGUUUUCCUUAUAGGAUUAUUGUCUUUUGAGCUCAAAUUUUCUUUAAAAUACCUCUAUAAAAGACUGUAUUAGUGUGUUUUUGUUGCUAAUCUUCGGUGAAAGAAGGCGUACCCCCUUUAUUUAGGGGGGUAUCCAGCCCCUCCAUGCCGCCUUCACUCUCACGCCUUCUCCCGGGUGUUUUGGUCUGAUGGACGUCCACACCUCCGGGACAAAUUACUCCAAAUCCGCCCCAAGACACCGGUGACCGGGUCGGUUCCGAGCGGGAGGGGUUACCUGAGACUCCAGGUGAGGCUGUGGGUGGUCUGGCACAUCAGAGGCAUCAAUCUGAACCCUGGUUUGUGGACCCCGCCUGCACAACGCUGCCGCAAUGAAUGAGAGGCAGGCUCUCCACUCUAUAAUGAAGGACCUGGUUGCCCUCCAGAUGACUCGACGACAGCCGGUGUUUUCCUACGACAGCGGCAAGCCAAAGACAUCAACACAGGCCAACAGACAGGAUGAUGUCAGGAUAAAGUUUGAAUACUUAGGAGAGAAAAGGAUCUUGGUGUUUGGGAGGCCAGUGCAGUUUGAGAAGAUUCAGGAAAAGGUGAAGAGCGUCUUCGGCCAGCAGCUGGAGCUCCAUUAUAUGAACAAUGAGAUGUCCAUUCCUUUGCGAGGUCAGGAUGACCUGGACAAGGCGAUCGACCUGCUUGACAGAAGCUCCAGCAUGAAGAGCAUCAGGAUAAUGCUUCUUUCUCAAGAGCGCAGCAACGCCUCCUCCAACUCUCAUCAUGUACCGUGUAAGCAGGUGAGGAUCAAGGCCUCCCACUCCACUGGAGACGUCAGUACGGCGUAUCAGCCCUCUGAACCCAGAGGGCGCCACCUGUCAACAGGUUCUCAGAACACGGGUCGAAGUUCGCCGCCUCCUGGAUAUGUGCCUGAGCGCCAGCAGAGGAUCGCCCGCCAGGGUUCCUACACCAGCAUCAACAGCGAGGGGGAGUUCAUCCCAGAAACCAGCGACCAAUGCGUGCUGGAUCCUUGGAGCAGCGCAGAAAAUUCAGUUUCUGGCAGCUGUCAGUCCCUGGACAGCAACUCAGAAAGCCCUUCACUGAGGAAGUCACGCAUGCACAGAGCCAAGAGUUACCCAGAUAACCGGCAAGAAGUCUCAGACCGGGAGAAUCAUGUGUAUGACAAGGUAGCAGGGAAGGGAGGCACCUAUCCUCGUAGGUAUCAUGUCUCCCUACAUUGCAAAGACCACAGUGAAGGUCGUCGAACGUUUCCUCGCAUUCGUCGUCCCCAGGGAAACCUGUUUACUUUGGUUCCCUCGAGGCGAUCGCUGAACGGCAGCGAGGAAAGUCUGGGCAGCUGGCAGCAGAUCGACACGCAAGGCCGGCUGCGUCCACACGAUCGCUCUGUCGCCCACAAGUCGCCCAGCGCCCCGGUGACGUGGCGUCGCGGGAAGCUUUUAGGCCAGGGUGCGUUUGGUCAGGUCUACCUCUGCUACGAUGUGGACACUGGCAGAGAGCUGGCCGCCAAGCAAGUCCAGUUUGAUCCUGAAAGUCCUGAAACCAGCAAGGAAGUUAGUGCGUUGGAGUGUGAAAUCCAGCUUCUAAAAAAUCUGCAUCACGAGCGCAUCGUCCAGUACUACGGCUGUCUGAGGGACCACAACGAGAAAACUCUCACCAUCUUCAUGGAGUACAUGCCCGGGGGUUCAGUCAAAGAUCAGCUGAAGGCUUAUGGGGCCCUGACAGAAAACGUUACCCGCAAAUAUACAAGACAGAUUCUGGAGGGCAUGUCCUACCUGCACAGUAACAUGAUCGUGCACAGAGACAUCAAAGGAGCCAACAUCCUGCGGGAUUCAGCGGGAAAUGUGAAGCUGGGAGACUUUGGAGCCAGCAAGAGGCUGCAGACGAUCUGCAUGUCUGGAACCGGCAUCCGCUCUGUGACCGGCACCCCCUACUGGAUGAGUCCCGAGGUGAUCAGCGGCGAGGGAUACGGCAGGAAAGCUGACGUCUGGAGCCUCGGCUGCACUGUGGUUGAGAUGCUCACACAAAAGCCGCCGUGGGCCGAGUUUGAAGCCAUGGCGGCGAUAUUUAAGAUCGCCACGCAGCCGACCAACCCGCUGCUCCCGCCGCGCGCCUCGGACCAGGCCCGGGACUUCAUCCGGUGCAUCUUCGUGGAGGCCAAACACCGGCCGAGCGCCGAGGAGCUGCUGAGGCAUCCGUUCUCCCAGAUCCAGUGCUGAGUAAGACUGACUGCGCCUCACUGAGCAUCACACCGUUAUUACACACCAUCAUAUGCUUCAAAAGGAGACCCAGUCUUCACACGGAGGAACUCCUAAACGUGAAAAUCGGUGCUCUCGGUUCCAGUGCUGCUGUUCCAGGAGUUUCCACAAGGGGGCAACAAAUAUUUACCCACCAGGCUGCUUAACCCAACACAAAACUCACUUCAGAGGAAGCAUUAUCAAGUCACGGUUCAUGUUUACAUUCAUUUCUUUUGCAGUUAUGAGUUAAAAAAAUGCAUGAACUUUAACUAUGCCAAAGAGCUUUUCUACAAAAACAGAAACAUGCAGACGAUUCUUUAAGCUACUUUCCUGUUUUCAGCCUCUUCAGAUCAAAACACAUUAAGGUAUUAAAUCCACUAAGCUCUUUUUGUUAAUGUUCUGAAUAAGGUGUCAUGCGCCAAAGCUAGUGGGACCAGUUAUUAAUUCUAUGAAUUAUUAUUAUUAUUAUUAUUACAUUUCUGUAGAUCUAAACCCUUUAUAAGCCCUCAAAUUGUUGCAUCACUUAAAGCUGUUUUUUUUUUUAAAGUUGCAACUUCAACAACAAUUUCAACCAAAUAUUUAUUUUUAAAAGUAUUCUUCACUUUUUUACCUAAUAAGAGUAAUUUCAGAAAAUAAUGCCUUAAAGUUGAGGCUUAAAAAUAAAAUUUAAAACGUUUUUUAUUUUUAUUUUAGAAAAGCACUUAAUUUUGAAAUGUAGCGAAUACACAGUGGAGCUCGCUACAUCUGUUUACUGCUGUGGUUUUUAUUAUAUAAAGGUUUCAACCUUUAAUGUGAGGCAUCUCCUGGAUAAUUCAACUUAAAAACAGAUAUUGACAUAAAUUUGUUAGAAAAUUUAAUAAAGGUAAAAAAAAAACAAAGUUUGCACACUUUUAAAAAUGUUUAAGCUCUUCCUGAUUUAGUUUUACUAUUCAGCCCUCAUAAGUUCAAAGGCAGAUAUAAAAAAAAACAUGAGUAAUGAAUAAAACUCAGAAAUUUGCUAGAAAAAAAUAAGAAAUUUGAGUAUGAAAAGUUGAAAAUUUGCUAGAAAAAAAAUUCUGAAAUGUUUAGAUUAAUUUCAGAAAUUUGCUAGAAAAAAACUUGACAAUUUUAGGGGGGUUUUCUCUAUAAAAUUUCUGCAAUUAAUCUCAAAAUUUUAGAGUUUUUUUAUAGCAAAUUUUAGAGUUAUUAAACCCAGAAAAUUUCUAAAAUUCUUUGCCGUGAAUAAAUUUUUUUUUCUAUUUACAGUGGCUGUCUCAGUUCACACCGACCAUCAGUUUUAUUAAAUCUAAUUAACUCCAAAUUAAUUUUUUCUAACUUAAUCAUAUUUGUGUUUUUUAGUUUGCCCCACUGUCAAACUUGAUAUUUUGCAUUGUAGCCGAUUUUAUUUUUUUAUUAUAUGGAAUUUUUUCCCACCAACGAAUUCGCUCCUUUGGUUCCCAUAGUUACGGGUGAUGUCAUCACGCAUGUUUUACAUCUAGUAGUAUUCACUAUAAAUGAGACCCUGUUUUAAAGUUUCAAAACUUUUAAGAUUUUUUUUUAUCCUACUGUAUCAGACUUAAUAUUUUAAAAAUAGAUUAAAUAUGUUCAGUUUUUCAGCAGUUAGUUUGUCUGCAGAUUAAAAUUUCAACAUAUUUCACAAAAAGCCAUUUUUAUUUAUAAUCUCUCCAGUAUUUACUAUCUGACCAAGUGCCAAAAUAAAGAACAAAAAUAUACUUCUAGUUUUUUAUUUUAGACACUAAAAAGCCUUAAAUAAAAGUUGUUUAUUUUUGUCUAAAUUGCAUGUCUGGCCCAGAUGUCGUUGACCGAUAAUCCUCAAUUUAGGAUAAUUUUCAAUCAGAUGCACUUUUAUUUUUUUGACAACUGAAUUUUGUGGGGCUGAUUUCAAUAUUUUCUUUUUGUUAAUGUUUUUAUUUCAAAUGUGAAUUUUUUUUUUUAUUUAUAGCCCCAUGACAUCCAAGUCUGAUUAUUGUAAGGAAAUACACAUAUCUAUAAAUAUCUAUUUUUAUAUUUCGACUGUAUCAAAUCUGUUGAUACUUUUAGUUUUGUUGAACGGAAGUCGUAGAAAGCAGCUGGUUUUGCAGACAUUUCAGAAUCGCAUGUUGUAAUUUAGAAACGGGGGAGAACGAAGUCUGGCUGCCUGGCUCAAACUCCAGUUCAACAAAUUAAACCACAACCAGUGUUACACGUCGGCUCCUGGAAGCAUUUUUACUAAAUGUAGUGAUUCACCAUUAGAACUGUAAGAUCGAUUUCUGAUCUGCGGGGGUUUUUUGUACACCUGUGACUUGCUAAACUCAGAUUUUCUUGAUUUUAGCCCAAACGGAUCACCUUUUAUCUGCCUGUUUGUGGGUUUUUCUGUGGAACGUUGCCCUAAUUUAUUAGUGGAAAAUCCGCCUACUCACAAUUUCUAAAAAAAAGCUGAAAUACCUUGAUGCAAUGCUACUUGACUUGCUAUUUGCUAGCGCAGCCAAUCCAGGAGCAGCUCUUGUUUUCCUUGAUGCUGAUUGGCUGUACUUGAAGACUGUAGAUGCUAACUCCUGUUGGUCCUAAAACGGUUUCCACUGCGCAUAUUAACACACAUUAAGUUAUAUUUGGUGUUUGCAGUAUUAAGAUUGGACUCAAGUAUUUGCUGAUUUAGCUAUUCGCUGCUGCCUCAAAUACCAGGACUCUUUUUAUUUUUGUUAGAAGAAAUUAUGUCAUACUUAAUAUUUCCAUUUUAAAUCGCAUUUACCAUCUUAUGUUUGGGGUUAGCACAGUUGGCAAAGCUAACUCUUUUAGCAUUCUCUUGUAUAUUCACUAGAGAAUGUAUUGCCUUAUCUUAACUCCUGAGAGAUAAAGAGGAAAGGAUGAAACACAAACUUGGCAAAAUUACAUUCUGGCUUCCUAAACGUGAUUUAACCAAACUUGGCACAAUUUAGCAAGAUGUAAUUUAUCUAAACUUAGCAUAGCAAUUUAGGUAAGCAAAUUUCAGCCAAACUUAACGUAAUUUAGCCAGGUUUAGCAUAAUUACCUAAGUUAUGCUAAGUUUUUAGCCAAACAGUGCAAUUUAUCUAAGUGCAAUUCAUUCAAAAAUUGGCUUAAUUUAGCUAAACGUAAUCUAGUUAAACGUAAUUUAGCCAAACGUGGCUGAAUCACGUUCAGGAUUCCUUUGUCUUGCUCUCUCUCACCGUCUUACAACCUGAAUGAACUGCAGACAUUUCUCAACAUUUUGUCUAUUAUUAAUCAGCUUUAUGCAUUUCUCUACAUCCUCUGGUUCCUGCAAACAGCUAAGAUUGAUUUGCACAUAGAAAAGUGUUAGCUUGACUCGGACCAGUCAGUCACCACAUAAUCCACAAAUCAGUCCUGGAAAGAUUCCUUGGUGCAUCUCUGCUCCUGCUUUGCCACAUGCAAUGAAAACUCAUCAGGUCUCAUUUAAGUUGUGAGUUAAUGCAGGUGUGUUAGCGAGCCAAAGACAACCUGGAGCAGAGCCGACGCUGGAUGCCAGAUUUCGCUCUCCAUCCCCGGACGACUUUGUUUUCCCCAGGGUUCAGAUGACAUGUCCAGCUUUAAAUUAUGGGCUAAUAACAACAAACAUAUAGCUAUAAAUGGGGCUGCUACACAUUAAAGGCAGCUAAAUAAUGUCUAAUGUUUAAAAUGAGUGUUUUAUUUAAGGAGGAACCCUGGGACAGGCAAAGGAAAACAAGCUAGUUGUUAGAAAUGUUUCUACGUAUCCAAAUGUUAAACAUGUAAUGUUUCAUGACAAGACUUGCAGUGCAAAGUCGAACAUAUCAAACCUAUUUUACUGCUAAAACGUUUUGUUUUUUGAAUGUAUAUGUAGAUGUCAUGACUUCGCUCGAAAACAAAUACAUUUUAAAAAAGA